AGUAACAUCACUUUAGACUUUUAUUUUGAUGGUAUUUGCCGGAUGUCGUUUUGCCUGUUCACGGGUUCCUCUUUUUUUCCCUCCCUGUGUCACUUGUCUAGUUCAUCGACUUGAGCACCUUUCGCCAACCAGGGCAAGAGCCUGUUCGAUCCUUCAGAGGUAAAACGCACACCAUGGCCGAGUCGGAACCCACAGCCGAACAGCUGGCCGCGCUGGCUGCGGCCAACGAGGAGACGGAUGCCGCGGUCAACUACAAACCUCCGGCGCCGAAGAGCUUACAGGAGAUCCAGGAGCUUGACAAGGACGACGAGAGUCUGCGCAAGUACAAGGAAGCCCUACUGGGCAGCACCUCUGUGAGUGCAGAUCCCAACACGCCAAACAUCCAGGUGACGCGAAUGACUCUGGUAUGCGCCACGGCGCCAAACGCUAUGGUGCUGGACCUGCAGGGAGAUCUGGAGAACUUCAAGAAGAAUCCUUUUGUGUUGAAAGAGGGCGUGGAGUACAAAAUCAAGAUCAAUUUCAAGGUUAACAAAGAGAUCGUGUCGGGUUUGAGGUACAUUCAGCAGUCAUUCAGGAAAGGAAUAAAGGUUGACAUGACGGUAUACAUGGUGGGCAGCUACGGGCCCAGACCCGACCAGGAGCAUGAGUACCUCACCACCUUGGAGGAGGCGCCCAAAGGCGUGCUGGCCCGCGGCACGUACGUCAUCAAGUCCAAGUUCAUCGACGACGACAAACACGUCCAUCUGUCCUGGGAAUGGAGCCUCGCCAUCAAGAAGGACUGGGAAGACUGACCCCCAACCCCCCCCCCCCUCCCUCGGCCACCUGCCACGUCAUCCUCCGCUUUCUUUCCUCUCUUGCCGUCAUUCCAUUCUUUCCGAUUCAUGGCCUCUCCGUCCGUGGACACCCUGGCGCUUGCUUCCCGCUUGAAUUCGGCUUUCCGUGAAAAAUGCAAAUGGAGGUGAAGACAAGCACAAAAGUGUGUUAUGUUUUCUCGAGGAAUCAGCAGUCCCAUUUUUUUUUUUUUUGGUCGAAUUUUCUUAUUCUGCUCUUCAUCCUGCUGUCAUUUUUUUUUAAAUGAUCACCGUGCCUGCCUUGGGAAACCACCACAUUGCUGUACUGUAUUAUGUGUGUAUUGAGUGUGUGGGGCUACUGUACUUUGCAUCAUUGCUGGAAACUUAAAAGCCUUUUGGGCACAGAUUUGUUAUCUUGACUAAUUAUUUGGAAUUUAGGUCACAAUUAUCCAGCGACAAGACAUCUUGUCCUGCUCAUGAUGCCGUUUUUUUUUUCCACCCUCCCCCUCCGCAAAUUGUGAGUUGCCAGCGGCCUUUUAACAUGAACCCUCAGGACAAGGAGAUCAAACCUGGCUUGAACUCCACAGCGAUACAAUUAGAAUCUUUUUUUUUUUUUAACACUUUAUCUUGCUUGUUUUCUCAUUCCUACUUGUCUACUCGAGGCCAACGCGCUUCCUGCUCCUCUCAUUGAGUGUGAGCAUCCAUGACUGUGCCUCCAGUUUGCAAACGGUAGACACGCCCCCUAGUGGUGUCAUCGGCGCAUCAGCUUUUGUGUCUCCCAUCGAGCAUCUGUGGCACUGAGCAGUCCUGUACGCAGUUGUGUUUUUUUCUUAUUGUGGUCAAGGCCGCAGCUUCUUUCAGAGCUUUCUGGUCUUUGGGCGGGGUCUGUCUGCAUUGGUGUUUGCUAGAUGCCGCGCAGUCUACGGAGCUCAUCAGAUAACAUUAAAGUGUUGGAAUUCAAA